AUGGCUCUUAGCAAGAAAAAAGAACAUCGACAAAUUGUUCAAGAAGCAGCAUCCCUGGAAGAUCUAAGUUCGCCUGCAGCGUCCCCAGAAAAUCACAGUCCGGCUGCUGCAUCUCUGGAAAAUUUAAAUCCGUCUCCAGCAUCCCCGAGAAAUCUUAGCAAACCUGCAACAUCCACAGACAAUUUAAGUCCAACUGCAGCAUCACCGAAAUAUCUAAAUCCGUCAGCAGUAUCUCCGGAAAAUCCACGUUCCUUUACUUCUGAACUACAAGGAAGAUUUCAACAUCUAUCAUUCUUAGAAAGUCCUAUAGGCCUUCAGACGAUCAGGAUGUGA